CGUCGCCACAGCGCUAUGAGGAAGCUCAAGCGAGCGCUCGUGUCUCCAAGGAGCAGAUACAGCAGCAGCAGCCGAUCACCUCUCUCAGAGUCUGCGGCCAUCGAGGAUGUGUUGCAGUGCCUGGCCCGGGGCAUGCGCCUUUACAAGGUGCGCUCCGUCAAAAAGGUCUACCGUCGCCGCUACCAGCUACUCUUGGAGAACAUGCACCUCGUGUACAGACGCUCCAGGAAGCCCUUCUUCGUCGCCAGGAAGCCGAACGUGGACAUCUUUGAGGUCGAGGAGGUGCGCCAGGGCUGGAAGACAGACGUGUUCAACGGCGUUGAGCGCAAGUACCAGCGUGGCUCUCGCUCGCAUUACCUUCCUUUCAGCGUCGACAUGAGAGAGGACCGCUGUUUCUCGCUCAUCCUGUCACCUAAGCACGAGACUCUCGACUUGGUUGCCCGCACCCCAAACGAGUGCGAGCUAUGGGUGCGCGGUCUGCGCCACCUGGUGGCCAACUGCAAGAACACACGCAGGGACCAAGAGUACGAGAGGUGGCUGCGGGACCAGUUUCAGAAAGCGGAUGUCAACAAGAGUGGCUCUCUGAACUUCCAAGAAUGUCAGGGUCUUCUCAAGCAACUCAACAUCACCAUGGACAAACGUCACUGCCAAGCUCUCUUCCAUGCUGCCAAUUUCAAGAAGCACAAAGUAAACGGAGAAGACGUGCUGGACCGAGACGAGUUUGUAGCCUUUUACCACAGCCUUUUGUCACGGCCCGACGUAGAUGCCAUCUUUAAAACGUUUGCUGGCCACAGCAUGAACGUGAUGGGUCCUGAACAGCUGUUAAAGUUCCUUACUCAGGAACAGAAGAUGAAUGUGUCCCUUGCCGAUUGCAAGAGGAUCAUUGAGAAGUAUGAAGCAGACAAGCACAAGCCACAAGGCUUCCUUGGAAUUGCAGGUUUUCGUGAGAUGCUCCUUUCAGAGGAGCACGACAUAUUUGACGCCAAGCACCGGCAAGUCUGCCAGGACAUGAACCAGCCACUGAAUCACUACUACAUAGCGUCAUCCCACAACACGUACCUAGUCCAGGGACAGCUUGUUGGCAGCAGUAGCGUCGAGGGCUACAUCAGGGCAUUGAAGAAAGGAUGCCGCUGCCUGGAGCUUGAUGUCUGGGAUGGACCAGAUAACGAGCCCAUCGUUUACCAUGGCUACACUCUCACCACCAAGAUACUCUUCCGGGAUGUCCUCGAAUCGGUCAAGCUUUACGCCUUCAGAGAGUCGCAGUACCCCGUGAUCUUGUCCCUCGAGAACCACUGUACUCUUGAGCAGCUGAAAGCGAUGGCCAAGCAUCUAGUCGAAAUACUGGGCCCUUUAUUGUACAAGAAGCCAAUCGGUGACAAAGAAACGGCAAUGCCACCACCCUCAGCGCUGCUGAAUAAAGUUCUCAUUAAGGGCAAGAAGCUAAACAAAGACCUCUCCUUGGAUGAGGAUGAGUAUAGCGACGAUGAAGGCACUGCAGCCAAAACCUCGCAUGGAGCUGUCCUAGCCAAGGAGCUUUCGGACUGCGUCAACUACUGCAAGGCAACACAUUUCAAGUCAUUCGAAGAGGCCGAAAAGUGGCACUUCAAUGAAAUGGCCUCCUUCAGUGAAGUCAAGGCCAGCAAGAUCUCAUCGACUCCCGAGGGUGCUCAGUGUUUUGUUCGCCACAACAGCAAGCAUCUCUCCAGGAUAUACCCCAAGGGAACCAGGACGGACUCGAGCAACUACGACCCCAUCAAAUUCUGGAAUGUCGGCUGCCAGAUUGUGGCAUUGAACUAUCAGAGCUGGGACCAGAAGAUGUUCUUUAACGAGGCAAAGUUCUCCCUGAAUGGUCGCUGCGGUUACGUGCUCAUGCCAGAGUUCCUCCGAAAAGGAAAUUUCAGGAUGGAUUCUCCUGAUCCGUCUCUCAAGAAGAAGCUCGUUUUGAGGAUAAUCAGUGGCCAGCAGCUGCCCAAGCCCCUCGAGACCACUGACGGGGAAAUCGUCGAUCCUUACGUCGUGGUCAAAGUGUUUGGACAUCCGCUCGACAAUCAAAAGGUCAAGACACGGUUUGUCAGGAAUAAUGGCUUCAACCCAACGUGGGACGAGGAAUUCGAGCUGCCUGUACACGUCCCCGAGUUAGCCAUGUUGUCGUUCACUGUCAAGGACGAGAGUCGCACGGGCAAGAACAUGAAGCUGGCCAAAUUUGCCAUUCCCUUGGAUGCAGUGGUGGAGGGUUAUCGCCAUGUGCGUCUAUACAACAAUGCCUUCAUCUCCCUGGUGCCGGCAAGCUUAUUUGUGCAUGUCAGCUUCCGCAAGCCCUGAUUGUGUGCAUCGUCGUGAACUUCCAGUGUGAAGGAUGCCUUCUUCCGCAGAGCACAUUGCGAGCAUUACAAGCCUCAUUCUUGUCAUUGACAUUUGCAUUGCAUUGCAGUAUGUCAUUGCCAUUGCAGUAUGUGCCUUCUUACAACUCGUUUGGGCAUAUGCCAAAGCUUCUGUCUUGCAUGCUGUAAUAGGGUUGCUUUCUUGUGCUA